AUGCAGGCGGAACAGAAACAGCCAGUGGACCAUUCUGGCGUGCCCGUGGAGGCCCUGGAGGCCCUGAGGCUACGAUUGACACAGCUCACACACUCGCUGAACAAGCUCCAGGCCGAGUUCAAGAACCCUCAGCUCACACACUACGUCUCUCUACAGGCUCAACUGAGCAUCAUCCUCACACAGCUGGGCUCACUCUCAUCAACACUGUCGUCGUACUCCGACGUGCUCGAGCGUACGGUGGCGUACCCUCUGCCUACGUUCCCAACAACUGAACAGGAGGGCCUGCUGACCACUCUGCUGAGAAAGAAGGCCACGCCAGAGGUGGUGGAAUGGAUCGAGGAGUCCAAGAGCAAGAACACAGACUUCCUGUUGAAAGACGACGAGGACAUCACCAAGUGGGCUGCCAGGUGCACUGUCGACACCAAGGAGAAGUACAACUUUGUAGGCUUCAAGACGAAACAGGAGGAGCGUGAAGCCAAUGGUGACGAUGAGAAGGACGUUGACAUAGCGGACGAGCCGGCCGCCUCGUCCAAGUACUCUGUUGACCAGAUUCUCAAGUUUAUGUAUCAAGGCGAUAUCACCAAAUGAACAGCACACGCUACACGUUGAGCACAGAUGGUAUGUACAAGUUCGUUAUGAGAUUCCACCUCCUCUUCUCUCGGUCUAUAGAUAUAUAUACGUGGUGGGCCAAUUAGCCCCAUCAAUUCGAUAACAGCUUGAUCACCAGCUCCCAUGUACCGAACAUGAUGAUGCUAUUAGGCACCGUUCUCAGAAGGUGUGGUGUCAGUCCUCCGUACAUCGACGCCAGGCCUUCUUCCUUCACCACCAGCUUGAAACACUGCACCAAGCCGGUGUACUUGGGCUUGCCAUCCUUCAACGGUGCCUGUCUGA